AUGACCUCAGUAGGAGUGCCAAUCAAGAUUUUACACGAAGCUGAAGGUCAUGUUGUUACUCUUGAAACAGUCACGGGUGAGGUUUACCGAGGUAAACUCCUAGAAGCUGAGGACAACAUGAAUUGUCAGAUGGCUGAGGUAUGCGUCACAUUUCGUGAUGGAAGGACCCAUCAGCUUGAUAACGUUUUUGUUAGAGGGAACAAGAUCCGUUUUAUGAUUUUGCCAGAUAUGCUGAAGAAUGCUCCUAUGUUUAAAAAUAUUGGACGAGCGCAGAAGGGAGCCAUUGGAAUGGGUAUGGGCGAUAAUGUGCGAGGAGGCGGGCGUGGAGGUAGAGGAACGUCUUUCCGUGCAAGGGGUGCUGGUAUGGCUCGAGGCGCUACUCGUGGAGCGGUUCGCGGAGCUCCAGGCGGGUUCCGUGGUUAG